CAGUCACGCGCCCAUCCAGCGCACGAAUCCAUCAGUGAGCGCGCAACAGGUCUCUAUCAGGGAAAAAACUCAGAACAGCACAAGGAUUUAUGUUCUUUAAAUAGUCUGUUCUUUAUCCUUUUUUUCAGGGUUAAGGAUUUUUAAAAAUCUAUCUUAAAGUGCACAGCUGUGUCGUAUAAUCGUGAUGAGGAGUUAAGGAGUCUGAAUUUUGGUUUCAUGCCGGGACGGUCCAGCGUUACUGUCGGGCGAUGGCAAAGACAUCUUAUGUGCUUUCUCUCGUCGACAUCCUCUUUACCAUCAACUUGGUUAUAGCAAUAGAGCUCAGGUUUGUGCCGGAUCCUCCAACCUUAAACAUCACUGAGAAAACUCUCAAAAUCAAUGCUUCAAGUACACUGGAGAUCACAUGCAAGGGGCGGCAGAUCCUGGAGUGGUCUACACCUCACAACCGAACCCGUUCUGAAACCCGGCUCACCACAUCAGACUGUAGUGGUGAUGGACUAUUCUGUAGCACUUUAACCCUUUCCAAAGCAGUAGCCAAUGAGACGGGAGAGUACCGCUGCUUCUAUAAAAGCCUGCCUAUAGAGGAUGGGAAGACUUCUGUAGCUGUGUAUGUCUUCAUACAAGAUUAUCGUACGCCAUUUGUCCGAAUGGCUCAAGAUUAUGAUGUCGUGUUCAUUCGGGAGGGAGAACAUGUGGUUAUUCCCUGUCUGGUAUCUCUGGAGGAUCUAAAUGUCACACUGUACACAAAGUAUCCAGUAAAAGAACUGGCCACUGAUGGGAAAGAAGUCAUCUGGGAUAGCAAGAGGGGUUUCAUCCUGCCUAGUCAUGUGGUCAGCUAUGCUGGCGUGGUCUACUGCCAAACCAUAAUUCGAAACGAGACUUAUCAGUCAUCACCGUACAUUGUGGCUGUUGUAGGAUACAAGAUCCAUGACCUCACCCUGAGUCCAGCUCAUGAGAGGCUGACGGUAGGGGAGAGGCUAAUGUUGAACUGCACCGCUCACACCGAGCUCAAUGUGGGAAUCGACUUUCAGUGGACCUUCCCACAUGAGAAGAGAAGUGUCAACAGCUCAAUGCCAAGGUCACGCUAUGAGACCAGGUCCUACAAGAAGAAGCUGUGGAACUCCUUAGAACUGUCCAAUACCCUCAUUGUAGAGAAUGUGACCAUAAAUGACACUGGAGAGUAUAUCUGCACAGCCUCUAGUGGUCAGAUGCACAAAAUUGCCCGAGCAUCCCUCAUCGUCUAUGAGAAACCAUUUGUAGCGCUCAAUGAUCAGUUGUUGCAGACUGUGGAGGCUAAUGCUGGCCAGGAAGAGGCAAAAAUCCUUGUUAAAUAUGAUGCUUAUCCAGAGCCUUCUGUCAAGUGGUAUAAGAAUGAUCAACAGAUAGUGUGGAAGGAUGAGUACAGGAUGAAGCCUAACAGAGGAUCUCUCACUAUAUAUGGUGUUACUGAGAAGGAUGCUGGGAAUUAUACUGUUGUCAUGACAAAUAAGAUUACCAAGGAGGAGCAGAAAAGAACAUUUCAACUAUUGGUUCAUGUUCACCCUAAGAUCUUUGAGAAGGAAGUGCCAUUGGAUCGUGAUGUUCAUAUGUAUGGAAGUAGCCCUACACUCAGAUGCACUGCUAGCGGAGGAUCCAGCCCUGUCACAAUAAAAUGGCAGUGGAUGCCCAGAGAGGACUGCCCAAUCAGAUUUCUACCAAAGUCAGACCAGAGUGUGGUGAAGUGUGACAAGUGGAGGGAGAUAUCAAACAACACAGGAAAGAAUCCCAUCAUCAGCCCCACAUCUGUCAUUGAACGGUCUCUUAAGACCAUCAGCACACUGAAGAUCCAGAAAGCAGUUGAUCAUGCCCUCUACAGGUGUCUUGCCACCAAUAAGAUGGGAGAAGAAGAGCGAGUCAUUGUGUUUCAAGUAACUCGUUUCCUCAACCUAAGCGUCCUCCCCUCCAGCAGCCCUAUUGAGGGAGAGGACGUGGUAAUGCGCUGUGUAGCCGAUCGACUGCUGUACUCUAACUUACGUUGGUAUCGGGUAACAAACGUAGCUAACCCUGAGGCCCCUCCAGCGGCCGUGCCCUGUGAUACCCUCACCCUGUCACCUUUCCACCAGCCCAAUGUCACCAUAUCAGGCCUGCAGGGCACCAAUGCAACGCUGGACCUACCCAUACCCAAUGCCACUUUGAUGGACCAAGGCAUGUACGCUUGCCAAGUGGAAAACGUGGGCAACAAUGAGAGAACCUGCUUACUUCACAACCUCAGGCUCAGAGCUCUUGAGAUGUCAAGAAUUGUGACCAAUCUGACUAACCAGAGAGUGAAUGUGAGUGACUCUACCACACUAGUGUGUGAGGUGACCGGCACACCAACCCCUUCUGUAGUUUGGACUAAAGACAACCAGACCGUCAUGGAGGGAUCAGGUGUGAUUCUGAAAGAGUCAAAUCGUGUCUUGACCAUCCAACGGGUGAAAAAAGAGGACAGUGGACUUUAUGUAUGUACGGCCUGUAACAAGCAAGGCUGUGACUAUAAUGAGGCUCGUAUCACUGUGGAUGGUGCAGAAGAAAAGAUGAAUGUGGAAUUGAUCAUGCCUAUUGGUGCCGUGGUCAUCGCCAUGUUCCUCUGGCUCCUCAUCGUCUUUGUCAUCCGCAACAGGAAGCGGCCUAAUGAUGGAGAUCUGAAAACUGGCUACCUGUCAAUCAUUCUGGACUCAGAUGAUAUGCCAAUGGAUGAGCACUGUGAGAGACUGACCUAUGAUGCAAGCAAGUGGGAAUUCCCGCGUGAUAGACUGAAGCUAGGAGAGCCUCUGGGCAGAGGAGCAUUUGGUCAAGUUGUGGAGGCGACCGCAUAUGGUAUUGAGAAGGCCACCACCUGUACAACAGUAGCAGUGAAGAUGCUCAAGGAGGGCGCUACUUCCAGCGAGUACCGUGCUCUGAUGUCUGAGCUGAAGAUCCUCAUCCAUAUUGGUCACCAUCUCAAUGUGGUCAACCUUCUAGGCGCCUGCACUAAACCAGGGGGACCCUUGAUGGUGAUUGUAGAGUACUGUAAACACGGUAACCUCUCCAGCUAUUUAAAAAGCAAACGAGGAGAGUACAGUCCCUACAAGAAGCGGAUGCCACGGAUGCCGUGCAAAAGGGAGGUAAAACAGGAAGAGGAUUUACAUGAGGGGGAUCUGGGUCUGGGAACCAGCACUCGACUGGACAUCUGCACUGGCACUGCAGUGUGCACCAGGAUGGGAGAACAGACCUCCACAACCCAGCUUCAAGAUGAACAAGAGAGUUCAGACUGGGAUCACCUGACAAUGGAGGAUCUCAUCAGCUAUAGCUUUCAGGUGGCCAAAGGCAUGGAGUUCCUAGCCUCUCGAAAGUGUAUCCACCGGGACUUGGCAGCCAGAAACAUCCUACUUUCUGAGAACAAUGUGGUGAAGAUAUGUGAUUUUGGGCUGGCUAGAGACGUUUAUAAAGACCCUGAUUACGUCCGUAAAGGAGAUGCUCGUCUUCCUCUCAAGUGGAUGGCUCCUGAGACCAUUUUUGACCGCGUGUACACCACGCAGAGUGAUGUUUGGUCUUUUGGCGUACUGCUAUGGGAAAUCUUCUCACUUGGUGCGUCUCCAUACCCAGGUGUGUGCAUUGAUGAGUCUUUCUGUAGGCGACUGAAGGAGGGAACCAGAAUGAGAGCUCCAGAUUACGCCACACCUGAGAUGUACCAGACCAUGCUGGACUGCUGGCUUGAUCGACCUACAGACAGGCCAACAUUUACCCAGUUAGUUGAGCAUCUGGGCAAUCUGCUACAGGCUAGCGCUCAACAGGAUGGAAAGGAUUACAUCCCACUGACAAACGGAGAGAUGGAAGAGGAAUCAGGGGCUCCUCACGUCAGUGUGACAUCUAAAAGAACACACUGUGCAGGCAACACAGAGGCCCAGCUCCACUAUGACAAUGCUCCAGCUCUGGGGUUCCCACAUCAGUUAGACAGUUGUGGUGUGCCAAUAAGUAUGAUGACUUUUGUGAACAUUCCCCUGGAGCACACUGCUGUAAUGAAUGGUCACAUGGACUGUGGAGUGGGCUUAUCACGUGAGCAGAUGAAAGCUUUGGAUAGGCAGGUGCAAAGACCAAUCAAUUUCAGCCCACUACUGCGAUGCAAAAGUAAGGAGUCUUUAGCUUCUGAAUCGUCCAAUCAGACCAGUGGUUAUCAGUCUGGUUACCACUCUGAUGAUGCCGAAGCCCCGAUAUAUGCCAACGAGGAGAUGAUCCUGAAGAGAGACAUUCGGAAGAAACCUCCACUGCCCAAGAGAAACGACAAGUUCAGUGCAGAGGUCCGUUAUAGUGCACCUCCAGUUUAACAUCUAUAGAGCUUCAAACAGUCUUCCUCUUUAUGUUAUUCAGAAUUUUAAUGUAAUAGUUCAGACAAAAAUGAAAAUUCAGACAUCAUUCUCUCACCCUCAGAAGACUUUCUUUCUUCUGUGCAACACAAAAGGAGUUAUUUAUAAGAAUGUACAAGCUGCACUUGAACAAUGAAAAUGAAUAGUGACCACUACAUGAUCAUAGGACAACAACUUAAAGGGUUAGUUCACUCAAAAAAGAAAAUUCUGUCAUUAAUUACUCACCCUCAUGUCAACUUUAAAGCUUCAUGAAGCAGUGUUUUGAAAUCGCCUAUCGCUAGAUAUUGUUGAAUAAAGUCGUUAUUUUGUUUUUUUUGGUGCACAAAAAGUAUUCUCGUCGCUUCAUAACAUUAAGGUUGAACCACUGUAGUCACAUGAACUGUUUUAAAUAUGUCUUUAGUAGCUUUCUGGGCAUUGAAAGUGUUAGUUGUCUUGCUGGCAAUGGGGCAUUGGAUUUUAUGAAAAAUACCUUAAUUUGUGUUCCGAAGAUGAACGAAGGUCUUACGGGUCUGGAACGACAUGAGGGUGAGUAAUUAACGACAGAAUUUUUAUUUUUGUUUGAACUAACCCUUUAAAGUUUUAACUUUAAACUAAACUUUAAAGUAAUACAAGACCUAUGGGCUAUUUUUACGAUGUUUUUGUUCAUUUUGGAGCUUGCCAUCCCUUGGUCACCAUCCACUUUCAUUGUCUAGUAAAAUGCUUUUUUUUUUUUUUUGGUUUCCUGGAAAAAUACAAAAUGAAGGUGAGCAAAUGAUUACUUUUUUAUUUUAUUUUUUUGUGAACUUUCCUUUCAUGCUCAUGCCACAGAGCAGCCGUUUCCCUACCUAAAAUGAGUAGCAACCUUCUCACUUUUCGUCCCGUAUUAGGUAUUUCCUGCCAUUACUCAUAAUGACUCCAGUAUCGCAACCACAUGACUGCAUGAUCCAAAACCAACAAAGAGUUUAAUUGGCCCUCGAGCUUCAGUUAAGGUGCACCGUUGUCACUUCGUUUGUAAUUGUGUGCGUAAAGAAAUCCCUGACUCAUCGGAACUGUUAACUGUUUCUUUUAUCAUACUCAUUUUUUGAAAUAAAUGUAAUAUAUUGUGUUGGAACAGACUGUUUUGGAGCGGAUAAGAUGUAUGUUUUAGUAUUAUUCUUCUAAAUGUCAGGGGAGUUUGGAGAGUGAGAAAGCCUUAGCAAUACAAUCAUGUUUACACAGACUGCGGAGCAAGAGUGGUCUCUCAGUGUGUCCACGCCACUUCCUGAGCAGAGGCAUGCCCUCUUCCUACUGCACAGGAAAUAGCAACUGGAAUGUCAGACAAUUGAGUGUGUGAAUGUUUUCCAUUUUUUGUCUUCAUCUUUUGUAUUGUCUUUAAACGAAUCGUGACCAGACUUAUUCUCCCCAAGCAACAGUCUGUCUGAAUUCUUUUUUUUUUUCAGCUUUGUUUCUUGGUUGGCCUUUUGAUUGUACAGUUUAUAAUGAGGGCCUUCUUUGUCUUUGUAAGAAAAAUGCCAGUAUUUUGCUAUUAUGAUUAUUAUUUCAGUUACACGUCCAUUAAUGUAAUUAGUUUUUUAAAAUAAACACUCUUGCCAGUUAAAAUCA